GACUGCUGAGCACCUAUCCCAAAUCGGAAAUCCUGCAGAGCGCUGCCAAGAUUGGCUUCGCAUAUCGAACCCCGCGCGACCAGGUUCUCUCCGUCACAGCAGUUUUGGCGGCGAGCAUGCCUUUGGCGGCAUACAACGUGACGUAUCACUAUGAGAAGUGGAAGCCAAUGUACGACAACGGAACUAGCUUAUAUGUGAACUGGUGCGAUAACGAAACCAAUGAUACUGAUUGCUUGACAUUGUCAAACGACACAAAGUUCCAAGACUUGGCUCAGAUAGAAAAGCAAGUUUUAACAGACAGCCGCGCGCAGAUCAAGACAGUCAUGGGAACUUCCUAUAAAUCAGACUAUUUCGAGGGAUCGCGCGAGACCGGAUGUGCUCAGACGGGCAGCACGGGCGAACGAUGCUUCGGAGACGAAGGGGUGGCCAUGUCGCACUACGAGGACGAUAGUUCCAUGAUCGUGGUGCCUUGGCCGGAGGUCUUGAAGGUCUUUCAGGCUGGACUUGGAGAGACUGAUCGAAACAACCUCAUCUGGCAAAACAAAGCUUGGCUGAUCGAAUCCUUCGAGGACGCCAUGGUGGAGCAAUGGAUUCUGAAUGCCCAGCAGGCAACCUCCAGCGAGGUGACAGGGAGGAAGGCUGCCGACACCUACGAAUUUCCAGUGCGCUGCGGCUUCUUGAACGAGACCUACGCGCCCAUCAGCGACGAGACCGCCGUCUCGGUGGCCUCUGAGGUGUCGGUGGCAAAUCUGCAGGAUGAAGGUCUGUGGCCGUUGAUGAAGCUCGUGGUCCGGAAGGUCCUGGCGGAAGGCGCUUCGUUUACCAAGACGGUCUACCUGGCUGGGACGGGGCUUGGUGGAUCACAUGCCGCGCUGAUCAGCAUGUGGUUGAAGAAGAACGAGGACAAGUCGUAUGACACCUAUGUCAUAGCAGCUCCUGGCUUUCAGUGCAUCGCUCGCGAUAAAUACUCAAAAGACAUGACGCCCUCGGACACCCACAGCCAGCUGAAGAUCUACACCCACGUCAUGGAUGCGUUGGCUGGAAGCGUCGACCAGUACAGUGGUACGGUGUGCAGAUAUGGACUGCGGAACUUCACUGCAGCGGAGCCCUUCUAUGCUUACUGCUCCCGGAUGGUGGGCCACACGGGCCCAGAGAUCUUUUGGAGGCCGUCCACCACGUCCACCACCACCACCGCCGACGAUGCCACUGCGGCGGACCUGGCAGCCUUCGCGGAGUAUGACGUCAACAUCACAACAGCUCAGGAGGCCUUUGAUCAAUGCCAUAUGUACACGCAUUCCAUUUGGUACGCCUUGAUGCUGUUCUCAGACGAGGACACGUUGAACUUAGACGGAACCACAGAUGGCGGCUGUGAGACGGUGAGUCCCAUAGAUUCAGCUGACAAGUAUGGCAAAUGUCCCACCACCGCCACUGCCACCACGGACUGCGCCAACUUCUUCGCACCCUCUGCGGAAGUGUCGAUGCAGAUGUUGGCCAUCAUCGUGGGCAGCACCGGUGGCGUCAUCGCCUGUUGUGCCGUGUUGGGCAUUAUGGUGGUGAGACACGUGCAGAAGAACGCCAUGGAAGAUGUAGCCACGACCACCGACCAGGGGCCACCGGCCACGGGUUGCUUCGCGCGUCUCAUGAGGAAUUGUGGCGUCUACCUGGGUGCAAAAGGAGUCGACCGCGCCAAAGAUGCGCGGAUUCGCGCCAAGAAGGCGAGAGAUAAGAGGAAAAACCGAAACUUCCAGGAGAAGGCCAAUCUGAUCGACGCAGGUGCAGAUGGAGGCGCGCAGGCCACUAUGGUGGGUCGCCAACAAGAGGACACUAUCGAGAAUGUUGAAGUAGAGAUCGGCGACAAUCCCAAAACCAAGAAGGACAAGAAGGAGAAGAAAGAAAAGAAAGAGAAGAAGGAGAAGAAAGGCAAGAGAUCUUCCGGGGAGGAUGAAGAUCCCACCAUUCUUGAGGCUGUCUCGGUGCGAGUGGUGAAAGAUGAGGCACCUGGGGACGACCUUUUGGGGGCAAACGUGGUGGAGAAAGAGAAAAAGGGCAGAAAGCGCGAGAGCCGACCCUUGGCCCAAGCUAGAGCAGACCACAAAGAGAUGGCGGCCGAAGGUUCUCUGAGGGUUGGCACGGUGCAGCAAGUUGAGAGCACGCUGGGUUAUAUUGAGCCUGACACGGGUGAGGAGCCCGCUGCUGUCCUCCCAAACGCUUGCGUCGGCUUCGAUUUCACCAUUCCUCCGGUGCGCACUCGAGUUGUCUAUCGACAAAGCACCCAGCAGGAGGAUGGUUCUCACGAGACCCUGGCUGCUGAUGUCUUCCCCGAGGACCAUGACUUUCUGGGCACCAUUGACAAGGACAAUGGGACCUUUGGAUUCAUCCAGGUCGACGGGAAAGACGAUCGUGUUUUUGUCAUGCCAAUUGCAUGUUCUGCAUUUGGUGGACGGAUACCUCCACUUCAGACACCCGUGAAGUUCAAGGUUGUGAUGGACAACAAGACUGGCCGACCCCGAGCAGACUUCGUUCGCCCCCAGUUCGGAGCCGAAGCAGGUCCGGAAAGACAAUCCGUGAAGCGAGAGCAGCCAGAUGUGCAGAGGGCUCCGGGAGAAGUUUAUACAGGUCAAGUGUCGAGGGUGAAAGGAAACUUUGGCUUCAUUCAGCCGGACGAUUCCUCAGAUGAAAUCUUCUUCAUGCCCCGAGGUUUCAAGGCAUUCCAUGGCAUGCCGCCAAGAGGGAUGAGAGUUGGUUUUCAGAUUGUUAUGGAUGAGAAGACUGGGCGCCCUCGUGCGGAUAAUAUCUACCCGGAAGCCGGGCAAGGUGUUCCCGUGGCACCUGCCGAAAUUCUCAGGAUUGGUGACCCACCCACGAACGUGAUGGGAAGUCCCGGUGGCAUCGGUGGCAUCGGUGGCCGAAUGGGGGUGGUUUCACGCAUUUGCAGUGGCUUUGGUUUCAUCGACCAAGAAGACGGAGAGUCCAUGUUCGUCCUUCCAGCCUCCUGCGGAGCUUUCUAUGGCGGUGCCUUUGGUCAGAUCCCGCCGGUGGGUACCACGGUGGAGUUUGACGUUGUCACGGAUUCCAAGACUGGAAAACUGCGGGCGGAAGACGUACGACCGGCGACACAAGCAGGCUUCUUCGCAGGGACUGUGGUGAAGAGUUGCGGGCAGUUCGGCUUCAUCAGCCAAGAUACCCAGGAUGGAACGGAAGUGAGGAUGUUUGUCCUACCCCGAGCCUGCGGAGGCCAAAUCCCUCCCGUGGGGACGCGGGUCACCUACACCGUGGUGGAGGACGCAAAGACAGGACGUCCACGGGCUGAAGAGGUGAUGGUGCUGGCACCACCAAGCCCUACAGCUGCGUCACCUGCCCCGCAACCGAUGUACGGAAAGGGUGGCAUGGGCAAGAUGGACACCAUGGACAUGUGGAUGUCUGGAACCAUUUCUCAGGUUCAGCCGACCUAUGGUUUCAUUCAGCCCGAUGAUGGUCAAGACAGGAUGUUUGUCCUACCCGGGUCCUGCACCUCAUGUGGUGAGGGCAUUCCGCCUGUUGGAACCAGGGUGCUGUACCGCGUGGUCGCCGACAUGAAGACGGGCAAGCCCCGGGCCGAAGACGUGAAUUUGGAGGCGGAGGAUUGGGCAUCUGAAAAAGCUGGCAGCAUCAUGGAAUGCGGCGAGAGGUACGGCUUCAUCCUGGAGGACACUGGUGAGAAAAUGUUUCUGAUGCCUGCUGCCUGUAGCGCCUUUGGCUCGGUGAUUCCACCGGAAGGAACUCGGGUGACCUUCCGUGUAGUGCCAGACAGGAAGACUGGACGACUGCGGGCGGAAGAUGUGUGCCCAGAAGCUGGUGCCCCGAGCAACUAUGGAAGCCAAGGACGUCAAGGAAAAGGGUCAGGGAAGACAAAGGGAAGACCUUCUGCCCGAGCUUCACCUUACUAG